AUGUCAUUGGUGACUGUCAUGUGGUGCUCGUGCGCUAAGUAUACAACAUUGACAUCUCGACUACGCUGCACCGCUACUGCUGCUUCUGCAAAGACUGCGGCUGCGGCGAAGAGAGGGACACUUCGAGCACACUCUCCUCAGCGUUGUGGCUGUGUUGGCACAGGAGGGUCGUCGUUAGCGCUAUUUCGCCCCACCCGUGUCGCCCGGAUGCUCCCGCAGCUGGCACGCUUACUGAUCGUUGGUAGUGUCGCGCUGCUGCAAGUGUUUGCCGUUGCGUACCAGCGGGAGAGUCGGAAACUGCGUCAGGAAGAGCAGGCGCGUGGUGCGGUAGGGGCAGCGCAGGAUUCAACAGGGAUGGGGAGCCCUCGUGUGAUGUCUGCAAUUGAGGCGAUACAACUGCUCGGGCUUGAUCGUGACUUUCCUGACUUGUACAUCAGUGUGCAACGGGCGGAGGCCAGCUCGGCGUCGACAUCAGUGUCGCUCCCACUAGCGCCUGGUAAGGCACAUAGGGCCGCACGGCAAAACUUCGAGCGCAUGUUUACCCUUGCCAUCAAGGAAGAGAACAUGUUCUUGGCCGGCAAGCUGAGCGCUGCCUACCGCAUUUGCGUCGACCCAAGGUGGGAUCAAGCGACGUCGGGUGAAGAGGACGCGAGUGACAAAUCCCAACACACUAUCGAUGACGAGGGCAAGCUCUAG